AUGCACACGAGGUCUCAGGGUACACCACCUUUCGGAUUACUCUGUUAUCAAAGAAGGAAAGGGUCAGGAAGUUCAGCCGGGUUUGAAAUUCAACAGGAUUCGCCGAGUCCAAUCAGAGAUAACCCAUUAUUUGAGAGUAGUGACAGUGAUCUAGAAGCUGAAUCAAUGGCUGAGAACAAUGAGAUUCCACCACCCGCGGUGAGGUUUGGCGACACUCUGAGAUCGGGAAUUGAGUACCCAGGGGAGUGUGCCUACGCAAAUGACAACGUCAACAUUCCACCUCACUACAUCAGUUUGGUGAAUGUAGGAAAUCUUUUUCAUGGACGGGAUGAUGAAGAUCCGGUGAGCCAUUUGAAUGCCUUCUACGAGCUGACCAAUUCUCAUAGACCUCCAAACGUGGAGCACCAUCGGAUUAAGAGGGCAUUAUUUCCAUUCUCAUUGAGGGAGAAUGCAAGAGCGUGGUAUGACUCGUUACCUGGCUACAACGUUGCAACAUUCCAAGAGUUGAAGUCAUUGUUCCUCUUGGAAUACAACUCUCCGAUGAAGAUUGAGAAAUUGAGAGAGGAGAUCACCUCAUUCCGACAAAAAUAUGAUGAAUCUUUUGCGGAGGCGUGGAAGAGAUUCACGGAGAUGAUAAGAAAAUGCCCAAGUCAUGGACUAGCUCCGGGGCAUGAGCUCCUCAAGUUCUACAAAGGUCUGAAUAAUGAAGGAACGGGGUUGGUGACUGCAGGGUCGAACGGGAACCUAGAUGAUCUAACUCACGAUGAGGUGAGGGCUUUGUUUCAAAGGCUGGCCAACAAUCAAAGGAAUUGGCACAAUCCGAGGCGAGGAGCUGAUAGAGCAGGAGAUACAUUUGGUGCUACAAAGGAUGCGGAAAGAGUGACCGCAAUUGAGGCUCAACUGGCGGAUAUUAGCACCCAGAUGUCUUCAAUGACGAAAGCAGUGAAAUCUCUUCAACUGGAUCCUCAACCUCAAGCAAUGACUGUGAUGAAGUGUGGAUUGUGCCAAGGUGGACAUCAUACGGAUCAAUGUCCAAGUCUUCAGGGUCAGCCAAUGGAGGACGUGAACUACGUUGGCAACAAUCGUCAAGGGUUCAACCAAACCAAUCAGUACGGUAAUCAACAGAACUGGAGGCCUCAACAAGCGAACUGGAAUCAAUCGGGUACUAGUAAUCCUUCGGGUUUUCAAUGGCGUAAUAAUACCCAACCUCCGGGUUUUGAGAAGAAACUUUCUAUGGAUGAACAAAUUGGACAUAUUUUCUCUUUUAUGACUAAGAGUCAAAAGGAGAAUGACUACUUCAAAGAAAAGACCGUGGAAAAGUUUGGGCAGUUAGAAGCUACAUGA